AUGGCACUGCAGGCGGCGUCAGGAUCGUACUCAGGAAAUGUCAUAGGUCUCCCAAUUCGAAUAAGUAUCGAUCUACAGACAGACGGUGGAACCAACCCACCUGUGAGUGAACCAGGUUGCGAGCAUCUCCGUCGGAUGGCCAAGGAAGAUGCCAAUACGGAAUGCCGGGAUCCGUACGGUCGGUAUCAACACGAGAGAUGUGAUAACGCACUGUUGCGAGCUGAUAUAGUAGAUAUUGAAAAUGGUGAGUGCUGA